GAAAAAAGAUUCUUGCCUGCCCCGCCCCGCCUCCCUCUCCAAGGCAAAGCUAUACAACACCACCACCACAGCCACAGAGCCACAGCCAGUCGCCCGGAACAACUGCAGCCUGCCCAGGGCCCUCAAAGAAAACAAAUCUAGGACAAUCAAGCCGCUGCUAGCUAGGCUUAGCGUUGCGUGAGAGCGAGGAAUCGAGCCAAAUCUCAUGCCAACCUAGCCAUCUUCUCCUAGCUAGCUAGCCAGUGCGAGAAGCGAACAGAGAGAUCGUGUUGUAGUGGUGGUUGCUGAAUUCCGUAGACCUCAGUUUGCCGAUUUUGAGACCGGUCGAGAUUUUGAGAGAGAGAGAGAGAGAGAGGCGCGCGGGGGAGAGAUCAGAGACCGGAGAUGGGUCGCGGCAAGGUGGUGCUACAGCGGAUCGAGAACAAGAUCAGCCGGCAGGUGACCUUCGCCAAGCGCCGCAACGGCCUGCUCAAGAAGGCCUACGAGCUCUCCAUCCUCUGCGACGCCGAGGUCGCGCUCGUCCUCUUCUCCCACGCCGGCCGCCUCUACCAGUUCUCCUCAUCCUCCAACAUGCUUAAGACCCUUGAGAGGUAUCAGAGGUACAUUUUUGCUUCGCAAGAUGCCGUGGUGCCGACAAGCGAUGAGAUGCAGAAUAAUUAUCUGGAAUAUAUGGAGCUGAAGGCAAGAGUUGAGGUUUUACAACACUCGCAAAGGAAUCUACUAGGCGAGGAUUUGGCUCCACUCAAUACAUCCGAGCUGGAUCAGCUUGAGAGUCAAGUAGGCAAGACCUUGAGGCAAAUAAGAUCAAGAAAGGUAAAUUACACUAUAGCAAUUACGCGAAAUAGGUUUGCUCACUUUCAUUCAUCAACGUUGCUAGCCUGAUUUGUAAUAUACCAUAUGGUACUGUUAGUAUCCACAAACUUUGCUAAUUGUCUCAUCCAUAUUAAUUAGAAUUAGUGACAAAGCAAAAUCCCUAUGCACUCUCCAUGACUGCUCUGUUCAUUCGGACCUUUAGCUAGCUAUAUAUGUUUCGGUGCCCACUGAACAAAAGAGGCAAGACAGGACUUUCAGAGCAGGUGCUUGGUGCGCACCCGUAUCCAUACCGUCUAUACUGCAUCAAGAUCCGUGCAAGUUCCUUUUGUUCCCCUCUCAAAGAACUUCUCAUUUUUGUAUC